UGUGAGGCCUAGACUUCCGGUCGAAAUGGAACCCAUAUGGGGACUUCAGUGCCCACAAUCCCUCCUCAUCCGGAAAGAGGGCCGGGGCUCCUGGGAGUUGGAGUCCAAGAACGCCUCAGACAAGACAGAGAAGGGAAAUAAAAAAAAUGGAGGCCCGGAGAGCCUUACACUUCGUGUUCAAAGUCGGCGACCGAGCGCAGACGGCGCGGUUCUAUCGGGAGAUACUGGGCAUGCGCGUUCUAAGGCAUGAGGAAUUCGACGAAGGCUGCAAAGCCACUUGCAAUGGUCCCUAUGAUGGAAAAUGGAGCAAAACGAUGGUGGGAUUCGGCCCUGAAGACAGUCACUUUGUGGCAGAACUGACCUACAAUUACGGCGUCGGCAGAUAUCGCCUCGGCAACGACUUCCUGGGAAUGACUAUUGCCUCCAGCCAAGCAGUAAACAACGCCAAAAGACUGCAAUGGCCAAUAAAUGAGAUUUCAUCUGGUUUUUACGAAACAGAAGCUCCUGGAGGCUAUAAGUUCUUCCUGGAAGAGAAGGAAUCUUCAAAGAAAGACCCAGUGAUGAAGGUGGCACUGGCCGUGUCCAAUUUGGCCAAAUCCAGGGUCUUCUGGUCUGAACUGCUGGGAAUGAAGGUCUAUGAGGAGGACAAAGGUCAGCAGCGAGUCCUGCUGGGCUUCCAGGAUGACCAGUGUAAACUAGAGCUGCAGGGCAUCGGCCAAACUGUGGAUCACGGCUCUGCUUUCGGGAGGAUCGCCUUUUCGUGCCCCAAGAAACAGCUCCCGGAUAUUGAAGCCUUGAUGAAGAAGGAAAACCAGAAAAUUUUGACUCCGCUUUUGAGCCUCGAAACUCCGGGCAAAGCAACAGUGCAAGUCGUCAUCUUAGCCGAUCCAGAUGGGCAUGAAAUUUGUUUCGUGGGGGAUGAAGCUUUCCGGGAACUUUCUCAGGUUGAUCCCAAGGGGGAGGCGCUCUUAGAUGAGAAUAUGGCGGCCGACAAAAGCCAGGAGUGGUUUGCAAAGCACAACAUCCCAAAACCUUCUGCCUAAAAGGAAAAGCAAUGUGUCACUGCUUGAAAAUACAUUCCAACUGAUGUCUUUCAUCUCAAAUGCAAGUGCAUUUCGACAUCUUCAGAGUCAUAUAUUCUCAAUCUGCCAAAUCAAUGUAAUGCCUUGGGUUUCAUUCUGUGUUUCUUCUCCCCCAAAUAAAUAUAGUUUCCCGUGAAGAAAAAA